AUGAGACCUUCCGGCCUGGCCGAUGCUGUUUUGCGUCGCUAUUCAGGCCAGCUGACCAGUCUACAAAUCAGAUGGGCUCGAGAGCUGCUUUCAUACCUGCACCAUUUUUGCACAGAGAUCUUCACCGAUUUGGUAAUGUUAUGUGGACCCCCAGUAGCCGAUGCCAAGGCUGAUCUGCCAGUGGGAUCAAGUGAAGAGUAUGGAAGCAAAGAGUUUCAAACGCAGCAUAGGAGCCCAACCAAUAAGGACCGACUACUUGACUACUUACCUGCAAACUGGACCACCUGGCAGCAGAAUUUAGGGGUAAGCUUUCAUUUUUAG